AGGGAGCAGAGAAUGAUGAGCUGGUGAGAGAAAGUGUGAGAAACGGAAAAACAAAUUAUUAAAACCUCUCAGAUCCAAAAAGUUUACUUCUUUUUUUCUUUUCUCUUUUCUCUCACUUUCUCGCUGCCCAAACAACCAAACAAAUCUUUCUCUUUCUCUUGCUUUUAUUUUUUUAUAUAUCUCUCUCAUUUUCCCAGCCUAUCCUCAUCUCUCAUCUCUAAGAAAGUGAUAGAAAGAGAAGAGAGAGGGAGAGAGAGAGAGAGAUCAGUUACGUAUUGACUUUUCUCGGUGUAGGAUUUCCAAUGGGAGCUCGUUGCUCCAAAUUGUCGCUCUGCUUUUGGGCGUCGAACAUCAAAUCCAGUCUGAACGACUUGUCCGACAUUGAGAAAGGGGGAAGAGAUUGCAAGGACGCGUUGCCUGGGUUCAGCGAGUUCAGCUUGGAUCAGCUCAGAGUUGCUACUACUGGAUUCUCUUCCGAGAACAUUGUCUCGGAGCACGGAGAGAAAGCUCCCAAUGUUGUGUAUAGAGGAAAGCUCGAAGAUGAAAGCUUGAUCGCCGUUAAGCGCUUCAACAAGUCGGCCUGGCCCGAUUCUCGCCAAUUCAUAGAGGAGGCGAGGACGGUGGGGCAGCUAAGGAGUGAGCGGUUGGCGAAUUUGAUAGGGUGUUGCUGUGAAGGGGAGGAGAGGUUGCUUGUGGCUGAGUUCAUGCCUAAUGAGACUCUUUCUAAACAUCUUUUCCAUUGGGAGGCCCAGCCAAUGAAAUGGGCAAUGAGGCUGAGAGUGGCUUUGUAUUUGGCACAAGCUUUGGACUAUUGCAGCAGUAAAGGCAGGGCGUUGUACCAUGACCUUAAUGCUUACAGAGUUUUGUUUGAUAAGGAUGGAAAUCCCAGGCUCUCCUGCUUUGGCCUUAUGAAGAAUAGCCGAGAUGGCAAGAGCUAUAGUACAAACUUGGCCUUCACCCCUCCAGAAUACUUGAGAACAGGAAGAGUGACAUCAGAAAGUGUAGUUUACAGCUUUGGCACCCUAUUGCUUGAUCUCCUCAGUGGCAAACACAUCCCCCCAAGCCAUGCACUUGACCUGAUACGUGGAAAGAAUUUUCUGAUGCUGAUGGACUCAUGUUUGGAGGGUCAUUUCUCAAAUGAUGAUGGGACUGAGUUAGUGCGAUUAGCUUCACGCUGUUUACAGUAUGAACCUCGGGAGAGGCCAAAUGCUAAGUCUCUUGUGACUGCUCUCACUCCUCUUCAGAAGGAAAAAGAUGUCCCAUCAUAUGUUUUGAUGGGCAUAAAACACGGAACUGCAUCCCCAAAGGAAACAUUGCCAUUGACACCUUUGGGUGAAGCUUGCUCAAGAAGGGAUCUUACAGCAAUACAUGAAAUGUUGGAAAAGGUUGGAUAUAGGGAUGAUGAGGGUGUUGCAAAUGAGCUUUCCUUCCAAAUGUGGACAAAUCAAAUACAGGAAACACUGAAUUCUAAGAAGCGUGGAGAUACUGCUUUUCGAGCUAAGGACUUUGCUACUGCCACUGAUUGUUAUACACAAUUCAUCGAUGGUGGGACCAUGAUAUCACCAACCGUGUUUGCCAGGCGCUGCUUGUGUUACUUGAUGAGUGACAUGCUACAAGAAGCUCUUGGAGACGCAAUGCAAGCCCAGGUAAUAUCUCCUGAUUGGCCUACUGCCUUCUAUCUUCAGGCAGCAGCGCUCUUCAGCCUUGGGAUGGACAAUGAUGCACAGGAAAGUCUCAAAGAUGGCACAUCCUUGGAAGCCAAAAAACAUAUUAACUGAAAUUGUAUAGCAUUUUUUUUUCUUCUUUCAUUAGAGAAAAAAAAAAGGAAAAAAAAAAAAAAAAAAGAGUAUAGAAAAA